UAUAUUAAGCAGAAGUAGUUAAUUGCUUAGAUAGAGUGUAUAUCUGAGUAAAAGGAAAAAGUUUUGCUUUAAUUUCAAAUACUCUGUGCGUAUAUUAGGAGUUCCAGCUUUUAUUUGCAUUAGUUCAAUGAGAUGGGUUCUACUGAUAACGCUGUCACCAAUAAACUUGAAACUCAUAUUAAAUUGCUGAAAACAGAAUUUGCCAAAUUACAAAAUGAGCACUCUGAUUUACAACGAAAAUAUUCUCAAGUAAUUGCCGAAUCACCUAAAACAGAUUCCAUUAAGGAGGUUUCUAGUUUUGUAUCCAGACUAACAUUACUUGUUGCUUCCAUAUAUGGACGCUCGACUUAUUCAGAUUUAACUGUACGAAUAGGCGAAGAAACUAUUCCUGCGCAUAAAUUUGUUUUUCACGCAAGAUCUGAAGCAUGGAAUGAAGAUAUAUUAGCAUAUACAAGUGAAUUGGAUUGGAGUGAUAUAGAACACGAUGUUUGUAUAGCACUUCUGCGAUGGAUAUAUACAGACGUAGUCACUUUACAAGAUGAGAAUGUUACUUUAGGAUUAAUUCGCUCAGCACAUCGUUUUAAACUUCUCGGUCUUUUUAAUAAAUGUGAAAGUGAGUUGAUAUCCACUGUAUCUGUGAAAUCAUGUGUACGAUUUUAUUGUAUUGCUGAAGAAGUUGGAGCCUUAAAUUUACUCGAUUGCUGCUCAAGCUUAAUAUCAUCUCAAUGGGAUGAACUUACUGCAAAAGACUUCGAAUAUAUGGCUGGGCCUGUGCUUCAUAAGCUACUUAAAAAUAAUACAAAACAUCCUUUACAUGCUGCUAUUCGAUUAUCACGAGAGGAUGCAGUAAAACUGUACAUGGCAGAAAAAGAGGUAGCGAAUGUUAUUAAUAGUUUAUCUGAACAUGGACGGUUGCCACUGCAAUUGGCUUUGGAAGCAAAUGACGCUGCUAUAGCGGAACUACUUGUACAAAGCGAAGAAAUAAACAUCAAUGCUUACGAUUCCACAGGACUUACUAUUUUAAUCGAUGCCAUUCAAAAAUGUAACUUUUUUGCAGCUAAAUAUUUAUUGGAUCAUAAUUGCCAGUUGGAUUUAGCUUCGCAAGUAACUUGUGAUACAGCUCUUCACGCUAUUAGCCAAUUUAGUCAAAGUGAAACAGAUUUAGAAACCUAUAAUAAUCUAAUAGACUUGACGAAAGCAAUACUAACAAAGAAACCAAAUGUAAACAUACAAAAUCUUAAAGGUCAAACUCCGCUACAUGUUGCUAUUGAUAACGAAAAUUUUGGCAUAGCAGAUCUUCUAUUAUCAUAUCCAGGAAUUGAUAUAAAUAUUCGUACAAACAGUGAUGAAAGUGCAUUAGAAUUAAGUUUACAUAAACAGGAAGUGCAUCAAAAUUCUAAAUACUUUGAAAUUGCUACUCGACUUAUAAAUAUGGGAGCAUGUACUAAUGCAGUAAAAUCAGUAACGCAUAAUAGUUUACUUCAAGAGUUGAUCGCAAAUCGAUUAGAAAAAUCAGCAAUAUAUUUAGUAGAUUAUGCUGAUAUUAAUCAUAUUAAUAAACGUGGCUUCACCGCACUUCAUGAUGCCACUUUUCAAAAUUUUCCAGAACUUGUUGGGAAACUACUCACGAAGGGUGCUAAUCCUAAUUUUCAGUCAAGUUUAUCUGACUUAAAAUCAGCUUUACAUUUAGCUGUUGAAAUGAAUGCCCCAGAUGUGAUUGCAGAAUUCGUCAAUUUUUCUAAAGAUGGCGUCAAUUUAAAAUCCGAAAAACCAAACUUCAAUUGUUUGGAUGUAAAUGGUGAAACACCAUUGUGUUUUGCAAUAACUUUAAAACGCUCAACGCUUCUUCCUUUACUAAUAACUGGAGGUGCAGAUGUUAAUUUACGAAAUGGAAAAAAUUUAACUAUGCUGCAUGAAUCAAUCCUUAAAAGUGAUUCAAAUACAGCAAUAUUCCUACUACAUCAUGGAGCAGAUAUGAAUGCAUUAACUAGUAAUCAAGAGUCUCCUCUUCAUUUAGCGAUACUUCAUCAAAUGCCUCAGGUUGUAGAUGUGUUAUGCUCUCAGGGAGUGUCUUUGAGUGCUGUAGACAACAUGGGAGAUCCCCCAUUAUGGAUUGCAUUACAAAAUGAAUUUGAGGAUGUUGCACAAGUGCUUGUAAAACAUGGAGUGGAUAUUGAUUGCUGGGGUCCAGGUCCAGAUGGUUGUCAGCAAACAUUAUUGCACAGAGCUAUUGACGAAAAUAAAGAAACCGCUGCAAUAUUUUUAAUUCGUAAUCAAUGUGACUUAGAUUCUCCGCGGCAGCUUGGUGAAAAUGGAAGUGGGGAAGAUGAAAUUAAAAAUAAAGACUCGCCACUUCAUUUAUGUUGUCAAUGGGGCCUUAUUAAAGUUUUACGAGCAUUGAUAGAUCAUGGCGCAAAUGUUAACUCUUUUGAUUCAGAUAAUAAAACACCAUUGCAUACUGCUAUAGAAAAUCAACAAGAGGAAAUAAUCUCUAUUAUAUUGUGUCAUCCUAACGUCGAUUUAAAAAUUCGAGACAAAAAUGGCAAUACUCCGUUUGCAACAGCACUAUUGUCUCGGAAUCACAAAGCAGCACAACGUAUACUCGAUCGAAUGCCAAAUGCAGCUGAACAAAUAGAUCAACGAGGACGAAAUUUUCUUCACCUAGCGGUUUUAAAGGAUGAUUUAGAAAGCGUAUUAUUUCUUUUGGCAAUGCAAGUAAACGUUAACUCUUUAGUUCAUGACGCAAUUCAAUCGUCACCUCUUCAUCUUGCUGCAGCUUCUAGUAAAGAAAUUAUAACGAGAAACUUAAUAUUAGCAGGCGCACUCGUAAAUGUGCGAGAUGCUACUCAGAAAACUCCACUACACAUUGCUGCUAAACAAGGAAAUUUAACUGCUUUAUCAGCUCUUAUGCAAAAUGCCGCUGACGUUGAUGCUGUUGAUAAUGAUGGUAACAAUGCUUUGCAUAUUGCCGUACGCUAUGGUCAUUUAGCAAUUGUGAGAGAAUUACUUACAGAGUCAAAUAUAAAUGCAGAAGCUACAAAUCUAAAAGGUCGCAAUCCAUUACAUGAACUUUGUCGUAUAGGAGAAUAUAACACAGCUGGAAAUAUUUUUGAUCUUUUUGUUGAAUGUAUGCCUAAAUAUCCAUUAAAUACUCCAGAUAUGGAUGGAAACACCGCAUUGCUAUUGUCCUAUAUGAGAGGACAAGUAUCUCUUUGUGAAAAACUUGUGCAACAAGGAGUAUGUCUUGGAACAGAAAAUCAUGAGGGAGCAAACAUUUUUAACUAUAAAUUAGCCACGGAUCAAUUACUUUAUAAAUUACUUGAUCAAUUACCUCAAGAAUCACCAUGGUCAGAAUCAGAUUUGUGUCAGGAGUGUGGAAGUAAAUUCACGUUGACAAUGAGAAAACAUCAUUGUCGACACUGUGGUCGAGUUCUGUGCUUUAAAUGCUCAAAUAAUGAUGUUCCAAUAUUAAAGUUUGGCAUUAAUAAACCAGUAAGAGUAUGUCAAGUUUGCUUUAAUGUGAUACAUGGCGGUAGCAGUAUAAAUUGAUUUAGAAAAUAAAUAUGUUAAUAACCCAUG